UCCGCCGCAUAUAAAAUUCCCUCUCUAGCUUUGGAACCCCUCGCCGGAAGAAAUGCAGUAUUUCUUUCAGCAAGCAAACGCCCGUCGAAUCCCAAGCAGACACCCCAGGCAGAAGAGAUACUAAUACAUAAGAGAGAGGGACGAGUGCCGGUGGAUGAUGGAGAUCAGAGGGGAGAGCCGUGACGAGGAAGGGAAGAAGAAAGUGGAGAAGGUGGAGGUGCCCCGGACGCAGCGGCCGGACACCAUCCGCUACUUCGAGAAGAAGAUGGUGGACAAGGGGGUCCACCGCAUGGACCGCCAUCCCGUGGAUGGCCUCGGCGGCCUCCACCAGGUCCCCAAGUCCGGCCACGGCGGGAAGUUCACCUGGGAGGGCCCCGCCGACGAGGCCUACAACGAGCUCGAGCCCCUUCCGCCCGCCAUCGACCCGAACGAUCCCAACUACGUCGAGGAAGAAGAGGAAGAGCCCACCGGAGGCAGAGGAGGACAAGAUGACGAAGCGGAGGAGGACGUGAUGACGAAGCCCAGCGAUGCGGUCGUCGUUGGAGAAGUGGAGGUGGCCAAAGUGGCGGAGGCCAAGCAAGGGGUCUCCAGGGUCGAAGUCCUCCCUCCCCUCCAGCCCUAAAUAAAGAGAUGGAGGACCCUUCUCCCUCGCUUGGCGGUCGCCCCGGCGGGUUGGAGUUGGCUUCUUGAAGCUGCUUCCCUUCUAUUUUCCUCUACUUCUUAAUGUUUACCGUAGCAAGCCUGCACCAGGUUGCGAUGUAAUGUAUGGCUGAAGUUUGUAAGCUGCGAUGCGUGGUUUUCGCGUCCCACGAUCGCCACUUUAUAUGGAUGAAUAGAAAAAUAUUUCUAUCACUACGCUUUUUUUUUGACUAAUUAAUGUAACUCAGUUUAUCGGUUUUA